AGGGCACAAAUUCCGCAGAGCAAAAAUUUGAAAGGUCUUUCUGGUUGAAGUGAAACUCAAAUCCAGCCUGACUCAUGGACUCACCGAGUGGACUGGUGGCCAACGUGACCCAACCGGAGGCGGGAAUGAACCCCAUGUGAAGUGUCCCGUGAAGUGCUGACCUACUUGUCUGGAUCCUCAGAUUUCCAUUGUGAAAUAGUCAUGGCGCAUACCAACCAUUCGUCCAGACAUCGAGGAGUUAAAAACGAGACCAUCUUUUCGAUGGAGAUUCCCAUCGAAAUAAUGAAUCCUCGACCGAAACCUGCUACUUCAUUGAACACUGACAUUUCAAGGUUUCGAACCGUUGACGUAGACAUUCCAAAAGGGCCCAAGCCCAUCUACCCAAAUCAAGAGGAGUACCUGCACCACCGUUUAAAUGUUGCCUACGGGCAUGAAAAAAAGCCCCAAGAAUUUACCAGAGUGCCUUCCCGCUUUUCAGUACCAACAAUUUCUUUAGAGACUAGAAAAUUGUUGCAGGAAGUGGAAAAUCUUAAAAUGAGACAGCAACCCCUCUUGGACGAGGCCUCCAUUUGCGAGUGGAGGAAAUCGCGCGAAAGAUCUGCAACCACUUCUGAUGCAACCUCUUCAAAAUAUCGUUCAUACAAAGGUUCAAUACAGAAGGAAAAUGUAGAUUCUACUUCCUACGACCUCACGUCCUUAACAACCGAGACGACCAGUUCGAAGUCAAGAACAGCAACAACUGCAACAACGUCUGAAACCCCCGAAGACAGCACAACAGCCACAGCUACCCAAAUAACAACAUCAUCGAAGACAGCCUCGUCGUCAUCGUCGUCUAGACACCGUCAUCAGAGGAAGCGAAAAGUAGUGGAUUAUUCCGGGCCAUCAACUACAUCUUCACACGAGAUCACCUCCACUAGGUCAGGAACUUCAACUUCCGAGACCUUAAAAACUGACACACAAGGUCAAUCCAAGACCAGUGUCGAUCAUGGGCUUGUUGGUGGUUCUUCUCAAGCGAAAUCGCCUAAGCUGGAACUUCAGGACAUUGCAGUUCAAACUGACGCGUUUGAGAUUCCCCGACGUUCUCGUCCUCGCAUUCGCUUUCGUCCUAACAAUCAACUAGAGAGUCAGGGCCUCCGAACCAAGUCUGAGAGUUCUUUAACGGGAAUUGGUACCACCAAAACACCAAGAUCACCCUACCACGUUCGGUCAAAGUCUGAAGAUUCAUCUUUCGAUUGGAAAGAACAUCGACAACAAUUAAGAGAGAAGCGAGAACAUGAAAAGCCUUGGAGAAAUAACAUGAUGAGUAUAAACAAGAAAAAGAAGAAAGACGAAGGAGACGGCAAGAAACACGUGGUGAAGAAUACCACCCCUCCACCGUUGCAGAUCUCCAAGGAACCUCUCUCUCAGUGGGUCGGGUCCAAUGAACCUGCAGUUUUAUCAAAUAUUGUCUCUGUUGGUAUUGCAAAAGCUGAUGAAUUGCCACACACAUCGAAGACAGGGCUCCCCAAACCUAGACUCAAAGACGUGACUGUGACUGUCCCUGACACUACCUACCCAAAAAGUAGCACAGAAAAUGAGCGCACCAGCGAUACCAAAGAACCAGAUUCCGUCCAAGUCCAGAAACCGUGGAGAUGUAAUAUGAAAGUCGUGUCAACGAACGACUCGGUCGAUGGAAAAAAUGGAACGAAAUCAUCGAUGUACGCAAGUGAAGAGAGGCAAAAAUUGUGGGAGUCCAAUCCUGAGGUCCAAAAAUACAUGGUAGAGAAGCGUCUGAAGGCCAAACACGAGGAACAGAAACGUGAAAAGGAGAUGACACAACGAGAUGAGUCCAUCAGGAAGAGGCUCUUGGCUUUGGAAAUGAAGCGCAGAGAAGAUUAUAAGAGAGUCCUUCUCUUGAAGGAAUCAUCAAGCAUGCCUCAUUUGCCGCAACCUGAAGAAGUAAACGAUAAGAAGCGGGAGGUUGUUCAACGUGAUCAACCGAAAGUGCCUUCCGAGAAAAUUGAGACCAAAUAUGCUGUUGGCCAUUCCACAAAAGACGAACAAGAUCCCUUAGAUUGGAAAAAGACAUUGCAGGAACUCACAAUUGAGAUGCGGCAAAAGAAGGCGCUGCUCUUGGAAAAUGUUCAAAAAAGGCCCUGCCGCGAACAUGGACUUGGACAUAAACAGCCGGAAAAAGCCGGGAGAAAUAAAGAUGCUAGUAUUUCAAAGCGAGAAGCGAGAAAUGACACCCUCAGUUCGGAAUGCGAUUUGCCCGAGCGAGAUCCCAAUUUGACUGCGCAAGAUAAAUCUCAAAAAUUGAAGGUCACUGUGAGCGAAAUGUUUGAACGCCACCAACGAGACCUCGAAGCCAUAAAGAAUGCUAACCUCGGGAUCGAAUUACCUGAUUCGUCGCAACUAUUAUCUAAAUUCAAACCGAACCGUCCAGCCCUAGAGGCGACCACCAAAAUCCCAGUCGAACCCAAAAUUCGUAUGAUGGUCCCAUCAUCCCCACCACCAGAGUCGUCUUCUGAGAGUGAUCUGCCAUCGCCAAAAGAUUCUCUCAAUUUCUUGUCAAGUGUGAGGAGAAAAGAACCCUUGGUAAAGUUGGAAUCGCAGAAUCAGGGCGAAAAACCCAAGCCUGUCAAUACCAAAGUCACUCCCACUUCUCGUGGGACUUUCAGAGGUGCGGAGCCUCACUACCGACAACAUCCCAAAGAUGACGAUAUUCCAUCUGUCAAUCUAUCGGAGGGGCCUCUUUCCACAUCAAUGAGUAGCUUGGGGGAUAACCAUGAUGGACAGAUAAUAUUGGCAGACCACCUACAAGUAAACCCGUGUCAAUCUCCACGUGUCAUUCACCCCCCUGCCAACCCAUUGCCUAAUAUUGGAACAACUUCCGAACCGCAUCAAGCCUUGUCGACCUCAUCCGAGCUAAUAUCGGAGACAAGGCAACAAGAGAAAAAACGCGGGCCUCGUUCUACAUCUCACAUGAACAUAUCGGAUGCGCUUAAGCUGCGAUUUCGAGUCGAAAUGGACCAUUUGGAGUCGAUGAGCGAGGUGGAUCGCCAACUGAAUCAAUUGCAGCAGAUCAAGGACAUCUCCAGUCAAAAGAUAAAGUCCGCUGAUUUGGCCUCGUAUCUUCAGUCGCUUCAACGAGAAGCCAAGAAGUCUGGCGAUGACGUCAAACGCUCUGAAUCUCGCGCCGAUUUUGAGGCCAGGCUCAGGACCGAGUUUAGGGCCAUUUUGGAUAAAAAGAUGUACAAACUAGUUGAGAAACAAGCCGAAGCUGCUACUCUUACGGCCAAUGCGGCUGAGCAAUUAGCAAGGCUACAAAUUGGGGAGAGUGCGCCACGGGGCGCACGAUCUAACGUCACACGGCAGACGAAUUCAAAUUCCACAUCCGUAUCGUCAUCUUCCUCAAUUGGAGCUUCUUCUGUUUCUUGCAAACCGAAACAUAUGAUCAGCCCACGGUUGAAAACCAUGAUGAGUCACUCGAGUACAAAAAUCUCGGAAGUAUUGAGCGCCAUCGAAGAGACGGAAAAAUCGAGUGGAAAUAUACCCCGAACCAUAUCCGAGGCUCUGGGUCAUCUCUCUUCUGCCGAUGAAAUCAGUUCCAGUGGCCAUAACAUUACAGAGGCCAUCUCCAAGGAGCUGUCCGAAUACUCGAGCAAGUUUGAGGAAGAAUCCACGGCGUCCACGACCACUGCCAUUCAAGAGGACAACAAAUCCUCGACUCGUUCGUCUCGUUCCUUGCGAUCCAAGAUGACCGCCAAGAAAGGCACUGAUCUGGACUCGAGUGAGUCGAGUCAACUGUUUCUGCCUUCCAAGUUGAAAAACUUGGCCCAGUUGGUAAUAUCCGAGGGAGAAGACGACUCUUUCCACGCCCUGACCCGAACUAUCGAAAGACAACAACUAGAAGAAGAAUCUCUGCGAAGUCAACAGCAAUAUCAGAUUCUCAAGAGGAAAGAGUACGACCUGGUUGAAAAAGCUAAAUCUGAGUUACUCAAUCUGAAGGAUGAGCGACGGAAGGUGAAAAAUGAUGCUGAGAAAGUGAAUUCCCUCAAACGGCGAGAGCGAGCCAUUUUGCUGGAUUUGGAUAAGAAACGGAAAGAAAUCAACCGCUUGAAGAAAGCCAUCAAGCUGGGGGAAAAGGAACGCAAAAUCAUCUUGAAGCAACACAAAAUGCUCUAUAAGCUCUCCUCCUCCUCCACGACAUCAAAGUCCAAGAGUGUGAGCAACAAAACUUCGAACCACGAGGACGACGAUUCCCUGGUCACUGAUUCCGAAUCCCCCUCGCAGAAACAGGAUCCUCCCAAGGCGAAGCACGAGGGAUCUUUUUUAGAGGCUAAUACUCAGUCCUCGUCCAUUGUUUUGGAUGCGGAUUCCACGUUGGGAUCAUCCUCAGAUUCGUCAUCCCACGGAUCUCGAACUCGGCAAGGCAAUGGCAGUGAACGGCGGCGAUCCUCUGUCCCGCAAACGCUGUCAAGUCCGUCGAAGAUGGAUUCACUGAAGAAAAGUUUUGGAUCCCUUAAAACCCCUCUGAGUCCGAAACUGAGCCAAAGCCGCCGUCGACAUUCGAGUGCAGAUUCGGAUGAGUCCAUGAGUUUGUCCCAAGCAGACACGAUAUCCGACCAUAGUGAUGUGGACAUUCGGAUCCAAACGCUCCAAGAUGAACUCAAGCGGCGCAUGGCCACGGCUUCCAAAUUGAAGCGUCAGCAGAGAUUGAAGAAGAAGGAAAAACUUCGGAUUCAAGAGACGACCUUGAAGAAACAAAUCGAACAGUAUGACAAACUCAUUGAAGAAACUAGAGCGGACUUGCAUGACGAGACCACAAAGAAAUCCAAUGCUCCCCACGUACCACCUCAAAUCAAAACACCCAAAUUGAUCGCCUCUCCCACCUUGACAUCGCCCACUCCGUCCUAUUCGAAAACUGACUCCUUCGAGAGCUCACCACCCGUCUCCCUGGGGUCAGAGGAGCAAUCCCAAGCCUUGAGCCAAACUUCGCCCUCGCAACAAGAUACCACCAUCAUGACCUCUUCGAAAGCCACCAACCAGGUCGAGGAAGAAGAAAAUAAACAAGCCCCAAAGGCCUCUCCCCUGGGCUGUGAAAUGGAUGUUCCCGUGCAAGGGGUUCCCCCUCCUGAAGUGGAGAUUCCACCUAUCCAAGACAAACAGGAAGACGAUCAAUCUGAGUACUCGGAUGACUUCACUUUAUCGAAUGCAAACUCAGAGACCGAAAUAGAUGAAGUCCAAACAGAGACCCCGCAAGUUCAAUCUCACGAGGGUCCAUCAUUAAGUUUGCGGGAAGAUGAGGAAGCCUCACGAUUGGACUUGAUCACGGAUCACAUCCUGGAAUUGCUCAUAGCUGACGCUUGCGAAUCUUUGGGACAAGUGAGGAAGACCAGCUCAUCUGAGAGUCAGAGGGCCAUCAAACCUCGCGACUCAGAUGUUCGUAUUGGUCCCAAACCACGAACACGACCCCAAGAUCUCAUGCUGACCACGUUUGACAUCAGCUCAGAAAGUUCCAGUGAUGAAGCUGUCGUACGAACCGUACCCACUGUUGAUAUUGACCCUAAAAAGACGGCACAAUUCAGUCACGAGGAUCAACAUGAGGAAUUGCCCGCUCAUGGUUCACUGAACUUCAACAAUGGAAUCAACGUGAACAACAAUAGCAACAACGACAACGGCGACGAUAGCGUUGUCGCUGCGUUCCAUGGCAAUUUCAUCGACGACGACUUUGGCUUGACAAGUAUUGCUCAAGAAUCCGAGAAAAUCCGACUUCAACAGCUUGAAAUAGAGGCAGAGAUCCAGAGAAUCCAAGAAGAGAGUGCUCGAGCGGUGUUGGUGCCGGAAAACCCCCCUCCACCAUACACACCUCCUCCCGUUGCUAUUCAAUCCCCAGACAAGGACAAACCAAUCAAGGCCGUUGUGCCCGGAAGGAGGGAUUACGCCUCCAAGGGAAGUAAAGCGUUUGUGCCCACGACGCAAGAGGAACUCGCUCAUAUCGCUCGAGCCAUAACCGAGGCCAUAUUCAACUCUCGAACUGGGAUCACUUGGGAACGGGAAACGCUGCUGAGCCACCUGUUGAGCAUAAGUGUGCCCAAUCAAGAGAGAAUCACUACUACUGCUACUACUACUACUUCUACCUCCUCAUCGUCCACUGAAUCUCGUCGUGUGUUCCUGAAUUUCCUGAUUGAUCUCAUCCAAGAAAUCGUCACCAACAUCUACCAAGUGGAAAGUGAGUCGCAAAACCCGCCUUGGCUCCCGCCCAAGCCCAUUUUCAAGGAACGUUUCAAAGCUCCCAAAGAUUUGAACUCGCUCUGGGAUCGUGUUCAAAAGGAGAUUUGGGUGCAUUUCGGCUUUCAGAAACGCGCACAAAAAGAGAAUCUAAUUGUACGCUGGUCUCAAAAGCGACGAGAUCGAGUGGAUCACAUCUUAGUUCGAGAACUCCACGCUGAAGAGGCUACAUGGACGGAUUACAAUCAAGACGAAGCCAUCGUCAAAGAUCAACUCGCAAGCGCUAUUUGGACCAUCUUGAUCGAGGACACGGCUAAAAGAGUCUCGGAGGUGUACAACAACACGGUUUCACCGCUUAUGUAACGCAGACCACACAACAACUCUCGCUAAAUUCCCCGAGCUAAUACCCCAGAUCGGAAGAGACGGAAAACAAUAUUGAUCCCGAGGACGAGGAGCUAGCAACAUUGGAGAAACAUACGAGCAACACACUUUCUGGGACGGUUGUUGCUGAGUAGUUGAGGCCGCGGCAUAGUACACAUAAAAUAAACCUCUGAAGAGACUCGAUGGAAGUCAUUUCCUUAUGUUCGCUCAGGAUAAAUAAGGACGUUAUUAUCUCUUGUUUGUUUACCAGGCA